UGUUUGGUCGCAAACCAAACAUAACUGACGGUCUGUGCUGUGCACGAUAUACUACUGGAUACUUAGAGCGAGCAAAAAGUACUUCUGAUAAAGUGAAAGUUUAGUAUGCAAAAACGUUACUAUCUUUUGGCCGUGUUGUAUCUGUUUCGCCGUAUAUAGAACACGUUCUCGUUCACGAAGACUUUUUGGUUUUAUGAUUUUAUCCGUUGUGUUUUUCUCCUAUCUAUGCCAAAACGCACAUCUGAAACAAGUGUAAACGCUCUAAAUAAAAUGUAUUAAAAUUUACUGAUUCCGCUGAUCAGAAAUUUACCUGAGGCAUAAAUUCAUAUCCAUCUGAGUCAAACUUAAAUAAAUUAUGAGAAAUUGUUAAUUAGUGACUAACUUUCUUGAUUUUACUGUUAGUUGGUUGGCAGUUAGUAGAGUGUAUAGAAGAAGGCGAUCUUCAACUGAAAGAAAGCGGUAAACGAAGAAGAAGCUGAACGCGAUAUAAGUUUCGUUUGGCGUGCAUAUAUUGAAGUAGUCGAUAGUAAUAUUGAGGUUAUAGUGAUCGAAGUACCAUUCAGUUUCAUACAUGAAUCGGAAUAUCAACUUGUGAUAAGCAACUGCAGUUACAAGGUUGGAGUGAUUGCUCCGAAUUGCACAGCAAUUCGAAAUCGACAACACUUGCUUCGCUGACGAAGAAAUGUUUGUCAAAUUGAAAACGAUGUCAUCGACGAUUAAAUGGUCUAACUGUUUACUAGCGAUCGGCGCAACAUUGUUGCUCGUUGCUGUAAGUUUGCCUGAAGCACGUGGAUUAAGCUCAGUGGACGGACGUGGUGCUAGAAAACUAUUCGGUGGCUAUAGAAUAACACCAAAGUACUGUCGACCUACGAAAGCAUUACCGCGAUCAAAUCCAAGAUUUGGUGGACCCACGAUAUGCAUGUUCAAUCAUGAAUGCGCUCAGAGAAAUGGCGAAGUUGUGGGAGCCUGUAUGGACGGUUUCCUAUUCGGCGCAUGUUGUCAAGUGCACGGGGAAGUCGGCACAAAUAUCGUGGCAGAAGAUGAAACACGUCGACCAGAACCAACUCCCGUAGCAACACACUUCCAAUCAUAUGGAGGGCAGCUCGAUCACAAUGAAGAUAGCUACCAGCAGGUCCCAGUCAAAGGCAGUCUAAGCAAUGGAUUUGGUGGCCCGAUGGGAGGAUAUUAUGGUUCGGAAAAUGAACUUGAAAACGAAGAAGCGAGCAAUGGAAAUGUGUUUGUAUCAAACACCAACACUAUCCUAGAAGAUCAUAAAACGAAUCAGUAUUAUGUACAAAAUGAACAGGUGGUUGUAUCAACCCCAUCAACAAUUCCUUAUGUUGAUAAGAGUCCGUCGUAUUUCCCUUCGUCUACCAUGGCUCCUACGACAUCUGACCAAGUGCAAUAUUUACCAAUGAAUGGAAGCUUUAGUCAAGAAGUGCCAACCUUAAUCACAGCCGCUCAUUUUGCACAGACCACUCCCGCACCAGUGCAGGCCUACGGUGAAAUUCAAGAAAUUACAAGUGACCUGAUUCAUAGCCCACUGUUAGGCAGUGAUGACUAUAAUAGUGAAUUUACACAUAGUGAUAUCACCCAUCCGUCAGCAGACACUGAUUUAAUGGAAGAUGAUUUGCAAUUCUCAACAGGGUAUGGUCCGUCAACUGUUUAUGUUCCAGCUCCUAGCACUGAAGCGUCAACUACAACUUCAACAACAGAGUCAUACAGAAAACCGAUAGGAUUUAAGAGGAAGCCAUCCUCAACAAAACCUCCAGAAGUAGUCCCAACGCCUGAUAACAAAUACGUUUUAGUGCAAACGAUCAACAAGGACAAGCCCGAGAAGAAACCUCAAUCUCCCAGUAUGACCACUAACGAUAUUGAAUCAAUUGAAAGUAUAAUCCUGAUGUUGAAUGACACGAAUCAUGGUCCAUCUUAUAAUUCAGAACCUUCAACACCUGAUCCAAUCAAAACUAGCUUCAGUUCAUCUUACGGAACACAAAAACCACCUAUGAGUACAAACGGCGCUAUGUAUGAUAAAUACGAACCAAGUCACUUUAUCACUAAAAAGCCAGGAACCAUAGGAAUGAGCACACAUAUCCCAAUGCAAGGUGAAUCAUCAGGUUAUGAAAGUAUGUCUAUGAGCACAGCAAAACCUGCAUCAAUGAUAUUCACUAGCACAAACCCAUUCGCAGUAUUAGCGCAAAGUACACGCCCUCCGAAACCAGAAUCUUCAUCGGCUUACCAAGGUUUGGUAACAGCGUCAACUACCCAAACGAUAGCAGCAUCUUCGGCAAGCACCGGCUCUAGUACAAGCACACGAAAACCAACAACCUGGCCAUUAAAAACUACUAAACCCCCAGUAACAAGUUACGUAACAGGCCCAACUACUCCAAGACCACGGCCAUCGCAAUCAACUUAUCAAAGUACAACAUCAACUGUUCAUUAUGCUGAGAAGUUUGAUAGUACACCGUCUUCAGGAAAUCUGGUUCAUGUUUCAACGUUCGGGCCCUCAGUGAAUUAUGAAAGUGUGACUCAGAAAAUCCCGCAAAAGCCAAUUUUCGUAAAGAUCCCUGGAACUCAGAAACCAUCACCAACUGUUAUCAUCACUCCUAAACCUACAGUAACUGUUAGUACCCAAACUUAUACUCACCAACCGUCAACUAUUCAAAGCACUACUCCCAUGAGCACAGUAAAGUUGCCAAGUACAUCUUACAUCUUCAGUCCAGUCGUGACAACACGGCCAGGACUUGCUAGUAGCACAACAGAUUAUGUCAACCUUCCAGCGCCUGUAAUUUCUAAUGAUUUUGAUGAUCCUGGCUACUAUGGUCAAACAGCAACCACCAAGCCAAGCUAUGAGUUUGUGACGCAGUCUGUAUAUACCAUCCAACCUGGAGCAGGAACCAUCUUCCUUGGACCAACGCCUUCAUAUAAACCAUUAAAUGUACCAACUGCCUCCGUUUAUAACACAAAUGUCGAAUCAGAGAUCUACACCUCCCCUAAUGACUUUGUUAACUUCCCACCAGUGCGAAAUCCAAAUCUAAAUAUGUCAGCGACGCAAAGCUCUGUAACCAGCGACUUAUAUCUUUCUACACCAGCUUUUGUUGAAGAUGCAGUCCUUAAGGACAAAAUGAAUCUUUUGGUGAACAAGAUUGUGGCUUCACUACAAGACAAUUUUGAUAAUUUGGCUGAUUUGGUUGAGGAUCGAAAUGCUACUGUUUUUGCAGCAGAAACAAUUCCCACCGCACCAGUAAGACUAGCGACUACUAGGAGGCCUGCUACAACCACAAAGCGAACACCAGUGAAAGGUAUUAGUGGCGUUACGUCUAAACCACCUUCAAAAACAACGAAGAAGCCCGCCGCAGGGAAACCGAGUUCGGCAGGGAGGCCUACUACCGGGAGGCCUAGCUCAGGGAAACCAAGUUCAGGGAAGCCAAGCUCAGGCAAACCUAGUUCAAGUAAACCUAGUGCCGUUAAGCCAAGUGCAGGGAGGCCUAGUACGACGAAGAAAACCGUCACGACUACCAAACGUACACCAGUUACCCGCAGGCCAACAACGGUUGUAACAACAAAGAAACCAAUCGCGCAGACAAUAUCCACGCUGUCUGCAAGCGCCCGCCCAACAAAGAAACCCACAACCCAACCCCUAAACGAUGCUGUCGAAGAGGAAGAGGAAACCGAUGAAACCGAGGAAGAAGACAACGAGGUCGACGAAGACGUCAUCGAGGAGACUAAUGCUGCGGAUCAGGUCAGCCAAGGUGGAAGAAGACUACAAUGUGGCGUCCGACCGCACGUUAAAUCAGGACGAAUCGUUGGCGGCAAAGGUUCCACCUUCGGCGAAUGGCCUUGGCAAGUUCUUGUCCGGGAAUCGACGUGGCUGGGACUUUUCACGAAGAACAAAUGCGGCGGAGUACUCAUCACGAACAAAUUCGUUAUAACAGCUGCACAUUGUCAGCCUGGUUUCUUAGCAUCAUUAGUGGCUGUCUUCGGUGAAUUUGAUAUUUCAGGCGACCUCGAGGAGAAGCGUUCGGUGACGAAGAAUGUGAAGCGAGUUAUUGUGCACAGGCAGUAUGACGCAGCAACUUUCGAGAAUGACUUAGCCCUGCUGGAACUGGAGAGCCCGAUCCACUAUGAUACUCACAUUGUGCCAAUUUGCAUGCCUUCAGAUACAGCAGAUUUCACAGGAAGGAUGGCAACAGUCACAGGAUGGGGACGUCUUAAAUAUGGAGGUGGCGUACCAACAAUUUUACAGGAAGUACAGGUCCCAAUUAUAGAGAACAGCGUUUGUCAGGAAAUGUUCCAUACUGCAGGACAUAAAAAGAAGAUUUUACCAUCGUUUUUGUGUGCCGGUUAUGCGAAUGGCAUGAAAGAUUCAUGUGAGGGUGACAGUGGUGGACCACUUGUAAUGCAACGCUCCGAUGGACGUUGGGAAUUGGCUGGAACAGUCUCACACGGCAUUCAGUGUGCAGCACCAUAUCUACCUGGCGUCUAUAUGCGUACAACAUACUAUAAGCCAUGGUUGAGAAGCAUCACAGGUGUCAAAUAAGUAGCAGUCAGAAUCAGCAACGACUACUAGCUAUUAUUAGUCUUAUUCAUAAAAAAGAUUUUAUUGACGGAAAACGUGUGCUCUCUCUUGUCAACGAUGUCCGUUUCAAAAACAUAUAAAUAUAUCGAUAGAACAAUUAAAGGUUCAAUAUCGCCAUACGUUCCGCAUUACAGGCGAAAUAUUGAGCAAAUCGAAUAGCUGAUAAGUACAAUAUCUUUAAAAAAUAUUAGUUUAAUUUGAAUGUGAAAUACUGAAUGUCCCUAAGGUGAGUGAUUCUUACGAGGUUUUACGAAAAAAUGUUUAUGAAAUAAUCCCGUGAAAAAUCGGUUGAAUGUUGUGCUUUAGAUUAUGAUCGAUAAGGUUAUUAUUUAUUUUAUUUAUUUAUUUAAAAUUAUUUAUGUUCUUUUUAUUUAUAUUCAAUUUAUGUGCCUUAGGGUUUAAAGCUUUGUUCUGAAAUACUCUUAAGCCAAAUUUGUUGUUACAUGGGUCCUUCCGUUCACCUUGUUUACUCUUUAUAGUCAAAUCAUUCUUUUGUACAAAUCUUUUAUCAUUGAUUCGUUUGUCAUCGCAUAAAUGAUUUUCAAGGCUUUUUUCCAGCAUUUGAACUAUGUAAAUUACUUUCGAUGAAAUUUAAAUUAUUUUAUUAUAUUUAUAAUAUUUAUUUCAAGAAAUUGUUGUUUAUUACGUAUAAAUAGAAUGAAGA